UGCUCCGUUUGUAACAUUCGGUGGCCGACGAUCAUCUAAGAAUCAGCCAGUGUUCCGCCCGUUCGUUCGCACUCGAAGACAAGUCAAACCACCAAUAUGGUAUCUGUUCGUCUCGCCCUCGUCCUUGCCGUUGUCAUGGUAAUCCUCGCCCUCAGCGUAGAUGCUGCCUUUAGAAAACCACCCUUCAACGGUAGCAUAUUCGGCAAACGAUCCAGCACUGUCACUGAUUACGAUGUUACCAGUCGCUCUCUGUCAACCAUUUGCGAAGUUGCCAGCGAAACGUGCACUGCUUGGCUCCUUCGACAAGAAUCCAACUGAAGAUAAAAACGCAGAUCCAGAUGUUUCACGACUUCACCGACCGAUCAACUCAUGAAACAAUGUAAUCAACCGAGCUCCUGUAAAAACUCCUAAUCGUGCGCUUGAAAGUUCGUCACAUUGUCUCUUGCCAGUAUUUAUUGUAUACGUCAUAUAAAAAUAUAUAUUUACUGAAACGA